AAAAUAACAACAAACGUGAAUUGUAUUUAUUUUAUUCUACAAUUACAUCUUUUGAAAAGUUGUUAUUCACAAAGCAAAAUAUUCAAACAUUAGUAAUAAUUGGUCAACGAAAUAUUGCUUUUCUGAGUGCAGUUGCAGAAUUAAUGCAAUUACAAGAACUGUGGAUUGUUGAAUGUGGCAUUAAGGAUAUACCAGUUUUCAAAGAGAACUGUUUAUUAAGAAAACUUUACUUAUAUUCUAAUGAACUACCUUGUAUACCAAAUCUGAAAGCUUGCUCAUAUUUAACUACUUUGUUUUUAUCGGGGAACAAUAUACGUGAUCUUAAGAAUAUUGAUAAGCUAAUUUCACUACAAGAGCUUAAUUUGGCUGACAAUAAAUUGGAAAGAAUAGAUCAAAUUUCUUGGAAAAAAUUUGAAUUAAAUUAUUUGAAUUUGGCAGGAAAUCAUUUAUAUAGUAUAAGGCAUCUUAUGACGCAUAUAUUUUGGAGUUACCACCGAAGCAGCCAUCUCAUCAACAGCAGCAACAACAACCUCAACAACAGCAGCAGGUACAACAACAACAGCAACAGCUACCUCAACAACCCCAACAACAACCUCAACAACAGCAGCAGGUACAACAACAACAGCUGCAACAAGGCGAGAAAACGCGCGUGACGGGUAUACAAAACCGCCGACGGCGACACCGUCAGAACCUUCAAAGAUUGCAAAAGCAGCUGAAAAAGUUGCAGGAAAUUGUUGCAAAUAUAAGACGCAGACGAGGCCGCGGGCGAGAUCGUAGA